UCUACUACGCAACUUCCGCUAACUCGCUGCUGAGCAAAAUGGACGCCUUUGUGUCUGUUUUCUUCGUGUUCGCACUAUAAAUACUGUUUUCACCGCGAUGCACCACCUUUGACAUGGCGAUGUUUACGCGGUGUCGCGAGAAACGUGAGUGAAAAUCGCGCAGUGCCGGCAAAGCGAACGCGUUCACUAGUGAUCGACGGGGAAACGUGUCCAACCAAAUAGGCCACAACCACGGAUGACAAUUGAGCGAAUAUCUUCUCGACGAGAAGUUUCGUGAGCAGAUUCCGCACGGAGGGACCGUUUGUUUUGGCGAAUUGCGUGAAUCUUGAUGCUAUUCACAUAUUGAACCGGCCGGGGAUCUUGGAUUACGAUACGCCUCCCGCCAAAAUUCCAUUCACUGCUCGCAUUCUGCAGUAUAAAUAAUCGUUCCGCGUAGCUGGCGGAAUUCCAUUCACAAGGGAGCUUUCCAGCCUGUAGCAUCUACUUCAGAGGCCAUGUUAUCAUAUGUAUGAUGUUGGAUGGUAGAUAUUCUACGAGUGAAGGACAAGAAAUUACAACCAACAAUGGAUCGUUUAUUGGAGGAUCCUCGAGCUUCUUCAAAAUUUGGUUGAUACAUUCUGGUGCACCAUGGGAACUUAAAAGAGACUUUGUUAAGUUCCCAGUAUAUGCCUUAGUGCUAGUGUUCUUUAAUAAGCGUUAGAUACAAUUCUGUUCAAUAGUGAUGCAAUUCUUAUAUCGGAAUGUCUUGAACAUGCGGGUGUAAAAAAAUUUAACAAUGAUUUCUUUGAACAUUUGUGAGAACAGUGCAUUUAGAUAUGUUCUGUUGAUUUAUAUUUAUCAUAUACUGUGAACAGAACUUUUCUAAUAUGUCAGUGCAGUGUUCGUUACGUUGGAUUAUUCUAUGAACCUCAGAGUACAUGUAAGGACACUGGACCUAAUUUUAAUAAUAUUUUUUGUCCAGGCUGUAAUGCCAGAACAAAUCAAAUUCAAGAUGAACGGGGUUAUACCGAGUGUGCCAAUCACAACUCUCGCUGGUAUUGCGAGUCUUACUGACUUGUUGCCUGAAAUGCCCCUUCCAACACCGCUGCCACAGACAUUGACUAACAAGUCCCUUCUGUUUCAUCCAAGAGUGGCAGAGGAAGCACAAAUAUUACUGAGUGUCCGUAAUGAAAAUUUGGUGCCACAGUUGAUAUUAUCUUUAUCGCAAACAUCCUCCGAUCAUAUAGAACUGAAAGACAAUUAUGCAAAUACUGAACAGCCUUUGGAAACUGAGCAAAAUACACCGGAGUUACUUAAAGCAAUUCUACAAAUAAAUCCUCACGUAUUUAAGGGUCCUCAAUAUAAUUCACCAAGAAAUUGGCCCCAAGGUACGCCUAUGAUGCACAGCAAUCAAACAUCUGCCAAUUACGGACGGUUUUCCCCAUCUUACUCAAGUUCUUCAGGUUCAAGACAAACACCGCAAGGUAGUCCAGCUCAUCCUGCUGCUGCUAGAACAGUACUCCCCCCGCCUACUGGCAUAAAUCCCCUACCUAAUAUGACACCGCAGCCAAAUAUGUAUUCUCCAGCACACAUGAGCUCUCCUGGUACACCAUUAACAACUCUUGGCAAUGUAACACCGCAACACCAUAAUAUGGCUGGUAUGACGCCUCAACACAAUAUGCACAUGGCAUCUCCUAUGCGUGCUAACAUGCCUAUGCAACAACAUCAAACAAUUAAUAUGCAGCAAAAUAUGUUCGAUCCAAUGAUGACUCAAUCAGUACAUCAUCCAUUAGGAACUCAUCAACCAAUGGACAUAGACAGUACAGUGCAGGAGAAUCAACAAUUUUUACUGGAUCCGGUCACAGGUCUUCCAGACAUUGAUUUGCCAAUCGAGAAUAUCGAAGCAAAACAGGCCUUGGAUAACACGACGCAACAUUUACUGUCAACAGCGCAGACCACCUCCUUUCCGAGUAUGGAUACCGGUGACAUGGUCAAUACUUUAAAUACCAAUGCAACGCCAAUGAUACAGCAUCAACAGAACAACAACUCGGAGAAGGGAUUAAAGAUUCCCGGCCCGUUACCGGAGAAAUUGAAGGAACCGGUUGUCAUGUUAGACAGAUUGUCUUUGGCAGAUCAAGCUUUGAUGCAAAAGAGCUUAGCCGCUUUCGCUGAGAAAUCGCCGAGUCGGGCCGCGAAAAUGGGAAUUUCGAAUCGCGAAGAGAAGUCAGACUCGGAAAGCGAGGAGGAAGUAGGUAAGAAUAAUAAAUAUUUUAAAGCACGCGCGAAAGAACGUCAGGUUCAGAGGGAAAAGGAGAAAGCAGAGAGGAAAAAAAGCGACGAGAAAACUCGCAGGAGAAGGAGGGUACUGGAGGACGACGACGACGAGGAUGAGAAGAAGGAGCAACUUUCGCCUACCAAACCAAAAAUCAGGAAAAUCGAGAAGAAACUUGUCCCCGUGUUAGCUAAACUCAGUGUGGAAGAGCUCAUGGAGACCAAUACGUACCAGCGUUUCAAUACAACCAUAGAAACAAUAUUUGAAAACACAGAAGACGUCGCGACCAACGCGGAGUUCGACGAUGACGGUGACGUGCCUCCGGAAUUGUUAAUUCCUAAGUAUCAGUUGCACGAUUUGUGCACGGAAGCAGCCAAGCUGAAAGCGUUAGGGGCAAUGGAGUCAAUUCCCGCGGACAGACUGGUAAGAUUACUAAACAUUUUAGAGAAGAAUAUCCGCGACGGUGCCAAAGUGUCGCCGCUAGCGGAUCCGGACGACGACAUCGACGAAAGCCGAUUGUGGACGCAGCUGGCCAUGGAGAGAGUGCAACGCGCUGUAGACGCGUCUCUGAUCGCGUUGCACAUCAUGACGUCGAACAACAUGCCGAAAAUGGUCUACCUGGAGGACGUGAUCGACAGAAUAGUUCUCUUCAUGAAAUUUCAGCUGCAGAACACGAUUUAUCCGUCUUUCGAUCCUGUUUACAAGAUAGACACAAAAAACAAGACUGACAAUUAUAAUUCUAGUGGUCGUAAAAAGAGGGGUCACAUGAAAGAGGUGCGCGAGAAAAGUAUUCUUCAGGUGUACAACAAGAUGCACGAACUGGUCGGUCUGCUCGCGGAAUUGUUGAACAUACAGGUGUUAACAGAUACUAGUGUUCUGCACGCGUCCACGCUGGGCGUCGCGCCCUUUUUCGUCGAGUCCGUCAGCGAUCUUCAGCUGAGUGCAUUGAAACUUGUCACUGUUAUAUUCACGAAAUACGAGAAACACAGAAGACUGUUGCUAGACGACAUACUCGCGUCUAUAGCCCGACUUCCAAGUAGUAAGCGGAGUUUGAGAACGUAUCGGUUAAACUCCGAGGAUCACAUACAGAUGUUGACCGCGUUAGUUUUACAGCUGAUACAAUGCGUGGUCGUUUUGUCUGACAACGUGAUCCCGCAACAAAAGAAGUCGCAGGAGGAGGAGGAGAAGGAGAAGAAAGAGAAGGAGAAAGAAAAAGAGAAAGAAAAAGAGAAAGAGAAGGAGGAGAAGAAACCGAAUUACGUAGAUGCAGACGUACUGAUCAUUAACAAGUACGAAACGGCCACGAGAAUAGCAGGGAAUUUUUUAACCGUGUUCCUGAACAAAUGCGGCAGUAAAGGUGAGGAGAUCGAUUAUCGACCACUGUUCGAGAAUUUCGUACAGGAUUUGUUGGCCACCGUGAAUAAACCGGAAUGGCCGGCGGCUGAGCUUCUUCUAAGCUUGCUGGGUAAUCUACUCGUAGGGCAUUUUUCGAACAAAAGUUCCGACAUGUCGCUUCGGGUGGCAUCGAUCGAUUACCUCGGCGUUGUCGCAGCGAGACUACGAAAGGACGCUGUCAGUUCUCAUUGCAAAUUGUCUACCAUUGAUCAAAUUAUCAAAGACAUCAAGAUCGAGCAGCAGAAGGAUUCCGAUUACGACCAGGUGAAGGAUAAGGAGAUUCAUGGGUUGAGCGAGGACGAGGAACGGACCGUUUUUUUACAGAAGGUUCUUCUGGACUAUCUGGCAGUAAACGGGACGAAGGACUCUGCGUUGGGCUACGCCCGGCAUUUUUAUUUGGCACAGUGGUAUAGGGACUGCGCGGUGGAGAAGUCGAAGGUCGGUCAGACGAAGAACAGUCCGAGCAAGAAGAUGCACAAGAAGAGAGUAAAGAAGAAAAAUAAACAUCAUUCGAGCGACCAGGAGUCUGAGUCUGAUUUAGAUGAACCGGACCCGGACGAGAACGACAAUAACGAACAGAAGAACUCAGAGGCGUACAGGAUCAUAGAGGAGAAGAAGAAAUACAUAAUAAGUAGAAUAAGGCCGUACAGCACCGGCACAAAGCCGGACAUCCUUCAAACGUAUAUCGAUUACAACUCGGCGGAGCUUAUAUCGCAAUACCUCGCCUCGAAGAGGCCGUUCUCCCAGAGUUUCGAUCGUUACCUGAAGCAGAUCUUGCACGUGCUGACAGAGUCUUCGAUAGCGAUACGAACGAAGGCGAUGAAGUGUCUAACGAUGAUCGUCGAGGCCGAUCCGAGCGUGUUGGCGCGGGUGGACAUGCAGCUGGGCGUGAAACACUCGUUCCUGGAUCACGCGACGUCCGUGAGGGAGGCGGCUGUCGACUUGGUAGGAAAAUUUGUACUAAGUAGGCCAGAAUUAAUAGAUAAGUAUUACGACAUGUUGUCGGCGAGGAUCCUUGACACCGGGGUGAGCGUGCGGAAGCGCGUGAUCAAGAUACUGAAGGACAUCUGCAUGGAGUGCCCGGAUUUCCCGAAAAUACCGGAGAUCUGCGUGAAGAUGAUCAGACGGGUGAACGACGAGGAAGGUAUUAGGAAAUUAGUGAUGGAGGUAUUUCAGAACAUGUGGUUCACGCCCGUCAGGGAACGUCCGACAUUGGACUCUGAGUCACUGUUGAGGAAAGUGAUGAACAUCACGGACGUCGUGGCAGCUAGCAAAGAUAUGGGCCUCGAGUGGUUUGAACAGCUGCUGGUAAGCUUAUUCAAGCCGAAAGAGGACAAAGACGAUAGUACAAAAAUGCAAACCGAGCCUCCGAAGGCGUUGUUGACUGCGUGCAAGCAGAUUGUUGAUUGCCUGAUCGAGAACGUUCUCCGGUUGGAGGAGACCAACCUGGAGGAAUCAGAGAAGUCGGAGAAGAAGGGAUCCUCGCAGAGGUUGGUCGCUUGCCUGACAACCCUCUAUCUGUUCGCGAAGAUACGGCCGCAGUUGCUGGUGAACCACGCGAUCACGUUGCAGCCUUAUUUAAGUUUAAAGUGUCAGACGCAGGGCGAUUACCAGAUAAUCAGCAGCGUGGCGCACACCCUGGAGCUAGUGGUGCCGUUAAUGGAACACCCAAGCGAGACUUUUUUAGCCCAGCUCGAGGAGGACUCCGUGAAACUGAUCCUGCAACACGACCGCUCGGUCGUGGCCAGUUGCCUGUCGUGCUUAGGUUCUAUAGUUAACAACGUGACGAGAAAUUUUAAAUUGAUACGGGACUGCUUUAAGAAAUAUUAUGGACAUUUGACCGAGUACAAAUCGUUCUACGAGAAGGACCCGACGAACCCGAUGCUUCUCAAGUACCGGCCGUUCGUCAGGCGGGCGUUGUUCACGGUCGGCCUGCUGUUGCGGCAUUUCAAUUUCACCGAUCCGGAGGUGAUCGAAGGCUUGGCGGACAACAUCAAGGACCAAGUGUUCGAGACGCUGAACUACUUCGUGAACCUCGACAACGACGACAUCAAACACUUCACUCUUUCAGCGAUCGGUUCCCUUUGUAUACGUCACUACGAAUUCAUGUUGUUGCCCGAGCUAAAGGAGCUCUACCAUCAUUUGCUCACGUCGGAGAACGCAUUGGUCCACAUGAGGAUUCAAGUGUUAAACAACGUGGAGGUGUAUUUACAGGAGGAGGACAAGAGGAUGAUCAAGCAGGAUAUGGAGUGGGCGAAGAUGUCCAAGCAGGAGAACCUGAAGGAGAUGGGGGACGUGUCCUCGGGGAUGGCGAGCACCGUGAUCCAGCUGUACGUGAAGGAGAUUCUCGAAGCGUUCCUCCACGUGAACAUCAGUGUGCGGCACGCCGCCCUUAAGGUUAUCCAAUUGAUCCUAGCUCAGGGUCUGGUUCAUCCGGUUCAAAUCGUCCCAUAUUUAAUCUGCAUGAGCACGGACUGCGAGAAGGCGGUAAGUCACAGCGCGGACAAGCAAUUGCAGGACAUCGAGAAGAAGUAUCCCGGUUUCAUUCACAUGAAGUCGCAACUGGGCAUCAAGCUGAGCUACCGGUUACAGAAGAUCUUGCAGAAUGACAUGACGGUAAGAGGUAUGCGGGUAAAGGAGGGCGAGUUCCCGGGCGCGUUGAACGGUUUUCUGUACACGAUCCUGAGGAAUACGAAGCAGCAGAGGCGGGCCAUUGUUUUGUCCUUCUUGAAGCAGUUCGACGAGUCCGCGAAGACGAGUUUGUCGCAGAUGCUGUAUCUAGCGGACAAUCUCGCGUACUUUACAUAUCAAGUGCAAGACGAGCCGCUGUUCAUCAUCCACCACAUCGACAUCAUCAUCUCAAUGUCCGGGACGAAUCUGUUGCAAUCGUUUAAGGAGGCGUUAUUACCCAAGGAAGGCAGCAACAACCAGCCCCAACAACAGCAGCAACAGCAACAACCACAACAACUGCAGUCGCAGUCUCAAAUGUUAGGUCCCGAUGGUCAACCUCGACCGGAUCAAUUAUUAUCUGCCUUGGAAGACGAAGAGGACGACGAAGAAGAUGAGGACGUCCUAUUGGCGAGGUUACCAGGCGACACCACGUUGCUAAGGGAGUACAUCACGGCCAGCCAAGGAUUCCUACUUCUUCUCACGUUGAGGCAACACCUAAAAGAUCUCUAUGGCUUCUCCGAUCAGAAGAUCGGCCAGUACUCGCCUACGGAGGCCGCGAAGGUCUACGAGAAGGCCGUGAAUCGGAAAAGCAACCUGAUGUUCAAACCAAAGGCCACGUUGCAGAGACUGAAGGAAGGCGUGAACAACCAAGAGUUGGACGCGGAUGGCAGGAAGAAGUUGGUGAAGGAGUAUCUGGACUUCAAGCAGCUGAUGCUGAAGUUCGAUCUCGAGGAGCAGGAAGAAGACGGAAACGACGGUGACGUGAGCGGUAAGCAACACAUGGAAAACGCUAAGAUGACCAACAACGCUGAGAUGGAGGGUAAGCUGACCGAUAACGCCAUGGCCGGUAAUGCGAUGGCGAAUUAUCAGGGCAGCAUGAACUCGACGAUCGAGCAUCCGAACAACUCCGUGAAUUCGAUGGCUGGCUCGGGACCUGUGCCAGUGCCGAUGCACCCGCCGAUGCAUCCGCCACCGGUGCCGCCGCAGAUGCAGCCGCGUGUACCCAAGCUGACGAUACACGCCCAUCCGGAUGCGAAGGAACACCGGAAGCACCGUUCGCACAAAACGGAGAAGGUGAAGAAGCAUAAAAAGAAGAAGAGGAGAAGAAUCUCCGAUAGCAGUGACAGCGGCGAGGACUACAGUGACCCUGACUUUCUGGUGUGAGUGCGGUGGUGUUCCGCGACCCGUGUACAUAUAUAUACGCUGUGUGUGUGGGUGUGGGUGUGAAACUACGGUCCGGCUACUCGCGGGCGGGCCACCGCCAUUUUAGGAGACGCUCGUACACCAACAGUGCCCUGGACACGCUCGCGAAAUGGCGGCGGACUGUUAGAACGUUGGAGCGGUACCGGCCAGUUGGACACGACACGCGACCGACACUGUGUACAGAGAACGCUGGUGCUCUACCGGAGUGCGUGAUACGCGUAAUUAUAAAAAAGAGAGGGAGAGAAAGGGAGAAUGUGUGUAUG